CAGAAACUACUAUAAUACUUUAAUAGGCUAUUAAUAAUUGUAAUUAAAAUAGUUAUAUUAUAAUAAGUCAUUAUAAUCGAGUCAAUUAUGACAUUUCUGUUGUGGUCAGUGUUGGCGCCGAUAUCCCUGGUAUAUGAGUGGUGUCUCAUUGGACUCAUUGUGGCAGUACUCGCCUAUUAUCACUUUUCGUGGAAAAAUGCCUUAAGUUAUUGGAAGGACCGACAGAUUUCUGGUCCAAAACCCAUACCUAUAUUCGGAAAUGUUUUGAGUCCUGUCCUAAAGGCGCGACCAUUUGUAGAGAUGGAGUGGUAUAACACAUACGGCAAACUGUUUGGUGUGUUCAAUAUGGAUAAGCCUUCCCUAACAGUGGCCGACCCGGAGCUCGUCAAACAAAUUCUGGUCAAAGAUUUCCAUUCAUUUCGUAACCGACGGACAGGUGGGGGUAAUCAUAAAAUCUUCUCAAAAAUCAUGUUCAGAGCCAGAGAUGACGACUGGAAGCGGGUCCGGGCGAUAGCCAGCCCUACAUUCACGUCCGGAAAGAUGAAGAAAAUGUAUGCUCUGAUCAAUCAUUGCUGCAAAGAUUUCCUCAAUAACUUGGAUAAGGAUGUGACGAAUGGUGUGAAUGAAGUCGAGUUGAAGCAACUGAUGGGCGCCUACACUAUGGAUGUAAUCGCCAGCUGUGCCUUCGCUACCAAAACUAAUACAUACGCCGAUCCUAACAACCCGUUCACCACCCAAGCGGCCCACCUUUUCAAUGUUCCCAUUUGGAAAGGGUUGUUGCAAAUGACCCUGCCCACUUUUAUUGUAACCAGUAAUAUAUACCGUAAGCUUGUAGGCGGCGGUAGCUCUACUGCUGACUUUUUUGUCGAUUUCACGCGAAGUAUAAUAAAGAAAAGGAGAGAUAAUAAGGAAAAACACAACGAUUUUCUGCAGUUAUUAAUAGAUGUCGAGAGACCUGAAGGAGAUAUCCGAGAGGCCAGUGAUGCCAAUGAAGCACAUCAUGUGAAUGAGGGUAAGGAUGAGAUCACAGCCGAUGCCGAGGCCUUCAGUAAU